AUGUCAGAUUCCAACACAACUGAUUUCAAGAACCCCUCCACCUUCAUCCUGCUGGGAAUUCCUGGCCUGGAGGCAGCCCACAUCUGGAUCUCCAUCCCCUUCUGCACCAUGUACGCCAUAGCCAUAUUGGGGAACUUCAUCAUCCUGUUCAUCGUGAAGAUGGAGCCGAGCCUCCAUGGGCCCAUGUACUAUUUCCUCUGCAUGCUGGCCAUCACCGACCUGGUCCUGACUACAUCCACCCUGCCGAAAAUGCUGGCAAUUUUCUGGUUUAAUUCCAGGGAGAUAGAUUUCAGUGCCUGCCUCACCCAGAUGUACUUCAUUCACUCCUUCUUAGAGAUAGAGUCUGGGAUCCUCGUGGCCAUGGCUUUGGAUCGCUAUGUUGCCAUCUGUCACCCCCUGAGACAUUCCGCCAUCCUGACAAACCUCAUUGUGGCAAAGAUUGGCCUGGCCGUGAUGCUGCGUGGCUGCAUAGUCAUACUGCCAUAUCCCUUCCUGGCGAGUCACUGGCCAUAUUGCAGAACCAACAUCAUCCCCCAGCCGUACUGCGCACAUAUAGCUGUGGUGAAUCUGGCCUGCACUGACACCCGUGUCAGUAGUUACUACGGCCUAUUUGUGCUAUUCUGUGUGAUGGGUCUGGAUGUGAUUUUUAUCGCCGUGUCCUAUGUUCUGAUCCUCAGAGCCAUCUUCAGCAUCCCCACAAAGGAUGCCCGGCUCAAGACUUUUGGGACUUGCGUCUCCCAUCUCGUUGUCAUUUUAGCUUUUUACAUCCCAGGUCUCUUCAUCUCCCUCAUGCACCGGUUUGGCCACAAUGUGGCCCUGCAUUUCCACGUACUCAUUGCCAACCUGUACCUCUUGAUGCCCCCCGCGCUAAAUCCCAUCAUUUACGGGGUGAAGACCAAAGAGAUCCGGGGCAGGCUGCUCCGGCUCUUUACUCAUGAAGGGGCCUAA